AUGCGGCGCAUACCAACCCGCGAACUGGCGCGGUACCUCUUCAACGGCCAGCUCUCCCGCAACGGCUGCCUGUCCACCGCCCGCCGUCUCCCGGCCCGCUCCGCACCGGCCUGGUCCUCCCAAAGAGCGCCGUACACAACCACCCAAUCCCAACCAACGCCCAUCCCCGAAGCGCCGCCGCCGCCGACACCCCUCCGAAAAAAGCUCAAAGAAGAAAAGAAGCUCCUAAAGAAGGAAUCCAAGGGCAAGAAACCCAAGGGCUCAAACCAGACCGUCCCCGGCUGGGAGCUCACCGUCGGCAUCGAGAUCCACGCCCAGCUCAACACCGCCCGCAAGCUCUUCUCCCCGGCCGCCACCCCGUCCCCCCACACCUCCGCGCCAAACACCCACGCCGCCCUCUUCGACCUCGCCAUCCCCGGCAGCCAGCCCGCCUUCCAGAAGGAGACCCUCAUCCCCGCCCUCCGCGCCGCCCUCGCCCUCAACUGCGCCGUCCAGCCCGUCAGCCGCUUCGACCGCAAGCACUACUUUUGGUGGGACCAGCCCGCCGGGUACCAGAUCACGCAGUACUACCACCCCUUCGCGCGCGACGGGCACGUCGUCCUCACCGCGCGGGACGGCAUCGCCGCCGAGGACGGGGAGAGCGUGCGGAUUGGCAUACAGCAGGUGCAGAUGGAGCAGGACACGGCCAAGACGCUCGCGCAGCCGAACGACGUGUCGUGGCUUGACUUCAACCGCGUGGGCGUGCCGUUGAUCGAGAUCAUCACGCGGCCGGAGCUGCACCACCCGCGCACGGCGGCGGUGUUCGUAAGGAAGGUGCAGACGCUGCUGGGCGCCGUGGACGCAUGCGUGAGCGGUAUGGAGGCGGGCGGGCUGCGUGCGGAUGUGAAUGUUUCCGUGCGGCGGACGGGCGAUGCAGGUAUCCCGCUGGGCACGCGGACAGAGAUCAAGAAUUUGAGCACGAUCAAGGCGGUCGAGGACGCGAUUAUCGCGGAGCGGGACCGGCAGAUUGCGGCGCUGGAGCAGGGCGAGGAGAUCAAGAGCGAGACGAGGGGGUGGACGCUGGGCUCGAAGCACACGAGGAGGCUGCGCGGGAAGGAGGGUGAGGUGGAUUACCGGUACAUGCCGGACCCGGAUCUCGGGCCGUUGGUCAUUGGGGAGGACCUCGUGAGCGCCUUGAGGGAGUCUGUGACGGAAUUGCCAGACGUGGAGCUGGACGAGCUGAUCCAUGACUACGGGCUCACGGCGAAGGAUGCGGUGUCGUUGAUGUCUCUCGACGACGGCGGCAGGCUGGAGUAUUUUUACCAAAUCGUGGACGACCUUGGAGUAAGGCUCCGUGAGGCUGGCGACCAGCCGCAGCUGCAGUCGUACGCGCCGCUCGUCGGGAAUUGGGUGCUCCACGAGCUCGGCCGGCUGACCGUCGACAAAGACCCGGAGGCCAGCGAGCGCACGCUGGAGAUUACCCCUGAUGGGCAAUGUGCCGCCGUUCCUGUCACGGCUCUUUCGGAGAUCCUCUUUCACCUCAGGAACAAGCGCAUCACGGGCAAAGUGGCCAAGGAGCUGCUUAUUGCGCUCUACCUCAACAACCUGGAGCAGUUUGAGACCGUCACCGAGGCUAUCGAGGGUUUGGACCUCUGGUUCCGCGAGCUUUCCGAGUCCGAGUACCGCCAACUGGCUGAGACGGCUAUCGAAGGCGAGGAUAAGGUUCUCAGGGAGUUUGUGACCAAGAAGGUGUAUCCUCAGGGCAAGCUCAUGUACCUCGUCGGCAAGAUGAUGCAGCAGGGGCAGCCGGAGCGCAUCGAUCCUGCCAAUGCCGAGAAGAUCAUGCGGGAGGUCAUCUCCGAGCACACUUCAUCCCAGAACUAA